AUGUCUUCCUCCGCCAACACCUCUCCAACGGUGACUGAGACCAUUCCGGUCACUAACUCAGCACUGGUAGUCGUCAACAUGACUCAUGUUGCUAAACUGACGGCUACGAACUAUCUCAUGUGGAAGAUCCAGAUCCAAGCACUACUUGAUGGAUAUGAUCUUGGCGGUCAUAUCAAUGGAUCUGAGGUCGUUCCUCCAUCAACUCUUACGACUGGUGAUGCAGUCUCAGUGAAUCCAGCGUAUACACUCUGGAAUCGACAAGACAAACUGAUUUUCAGUGCUCUUAUUGGAGCAAUCUCCCCCUCGCUCCAACCACUUGUCUCCCGUGCUUCCACAGCCUCUGAAGUAUGGGACACACUUGCCCAAACCUAUGCUAAACCUAGCAGGGGUCAUAUCAAACAACUCAAGACGCAACUCAAAAACUGGCGCAAAGGAGGUAAAACCAUUGAUGUUUACCUUCAAGGCGUCACCACUCGCCUAGACCAACUUGCGAUACUCGGGGCUGCGAUGGAACAUGAAGAUCAGAUUGAUCUCAUCCUCGAAGGCCUGCCUGACGACUACAAAACUGUCAUCCGGUUUCAAAUCUCUCCCUACAAAAUAUCAUCCAUUGCGUUUACAAGAUGUUUUGUUUGUACCUGA